AACUCGUUUUCACACCCCAAUCGAGCAAUCAGCGAAUCGCUUCCCUUCCAUCUCCUGAGCUCCUCUUCUUGUCCCAUAUCUUAUAUAAUCAUCUGAAUUAGACACGCUUAUAGUCCAGAAAGGCAGUCAUGAAGCAGAUCUCUCUCCUCCUCGUCUUCUUCCUCUGCUUCCACACUCUAAUGGCACAACAGGAUGACACCAGGAACCAUUACCUGCAACUUCACACUCAAACUAGAUUGUCAACCAUGUUGGGAGGAAUCUACGAGCGGUACUUCCUUGAAGCCAAUACUGCCCCCUUGAGAUCUUGGCCUGAACUGGUUGGAUUUCCGGCCGCAGAGGCCGGGCACAAGAUCAAGAGUGAUAUGCCAAUGGUCAGAUUGCAGAUCGUGCCUCAGAAUCAUCUUCUCACGAGAGAUUUCGACCGCGACCGCGUCCGGAUUUAUGUUGAUGCUUCAGGAAUUGUAACCAAACCUCCAAGAAUCGGUUGAUUCGCAUGCUGUGUUCAUAGUCUUUUGCAGUUUCUUUACCGGGACAGCAAAUCGAUUGUAUGUCAUACUAGUGAUAAACUGAAUGCUGUCUACUGUCUAUAGCGUUGUAGAGUGAAGCAGAUAAACAGAUAUGACACCCUUGUUCAGGAAAGAAUAAUCUUGAAGAUCUCAAUUGAGAGUUUGA